CUUAGCUUGAAGAAACAGAGAAAGUCCAGAAAUGGUGGAAUGCAUGCGCAUACUGAAGGGAGAGUCGUCAGUCUUGACAUUACUAAAAGCCUGCAAAACCCAAUCCCAUCUCCGCCAGCUCCACGCCCUCAUCAUCCGCAAAGGCCUAGAUCAACACCACGUUCUCAUUUCCCAACUCAUCUCCCUCUCCUUCCUCCCUUCCUACUCCACCGCCGUCUUCAACCACCUCACCGCCCCCACCACCUACCUCUGGAACUCUCUCCUCAGAUCCCACUGCGAGACUUCAACCCUCUCCUCCACCCUCUCCCUCUUCAUCCGCAUGAAGAGGGGGGACGCCGCGCCGGACAGGUGCACGUACCCGUCGCUGGUGAAGGCGUGCGCAGCGGAGGGGAGGGUAAAGGAAGGAAGUGCGGUGCACGCGUCGGCGGUGCGGUGCGGGGUGGGCGGUGAUGUGUACGUGGGGACUUGUUUGGUUGACUUGUAUGGGAAAUGUGGGGAGGUUGAGUGUGCACGGAAGGUGUUCGAUGAAAUGUCGACGAGGAAUGUGGUGACGUGGACGGCUCUGGUUGUUGGGUAUGCCGGUGUAGGGGACAUGGCGGAGGCGAUGAGCGUGUUUGAUGAGAUGCCGGCCAGGAAUGUGGUGUCGUGGAAUUCGGUUAUUAGGGGGUUUGUUGGGUUGGGGGAUAUGCGGCAUGCGAGGAGGGUGUUUGAUCGAAUGCCUGGGAGGAAUGUGGUUUCUGUUACUACUAUGAUUGAUGGGUAUGCCAAGUGUGGGGAUAUGACAUCGGCGAGGGUUUUGUUUGAGCAGGUUCCGGUGAAAGAUGUAGUAAUGUGGUCGGCCUUGAUAUCGGGGUAUGUGCAAAAUGGUAUGCCUGAGCAGGCUGUGGAAAUGUUUGUUGAGAUGAGUCGUGGGAAUGUGAAACCGGAUGAGUUUGUUGUGGUGAGUUUGAUGUCAGCUUGUUCGCAAGUGGGUAGCUUCGGACUGGCUGAAUGGGUGGAUUCGUACUUGAGUAAUAGCUCAAUUAAUAUUUGUUCGCCGCAUGUUCUAGCGGCUCUGAUUGACAUGAAUGCAAAGUGUGGGAAUAUGGAAAGAGCAAUGAGUUUGUUUGAUAUUAUGCCAAAACGGGACCUAAUCACAUAUUGUUCAAUGACACAAGGGUUAUCUAUUCACGGCCGAGGGAAACAGGCUGUUGCCCUGUUCAAUGAGAUGUUAAGUGAAGGUUUGGCACCAGAUGAGGUAGCUUUUACAGUGAUCCUUACAGCUUGUAGCCGUUCUGAGCUUGUUGAGGAGGGUUGGUAUUUCUUUGAAUUGAUGAGAGGUAAAUACAGUAUGAUACCUUCUCCUGAACACUAUGCAUGCAUGGUUGAUCUUCUUGGUCGGUCGGGACAGUUAAAAGAAGCUUAUGAGCUUCUACAGUCAAUGCAUGUGGAACCUCAUGCUGGUGCUUGGGGUGCACUACUUGGAGCCUGUAAGCUACAUUGCAAUGUUGAGUUAGGGCAGUUGAUUGCUAAUCGACUUUUUGUGCUUCAACCCGAAAAUGCUGGUACUUAUGUGCUCCUGUCAGACAUCAAUGCAGACUUUCACCGAUGGUUGGAUGUCUCUGUUUUGAGGAACAAAAUGAAUGAGAGAGGCAUAAAAAAGAUACCCGGUAUCAGUUCAAUUAAUUUAGAAGGCUGAGGCAACU